GAGCGUGUGCACGUGGACCCCUCCUCAGAAGGUCGCAGGCCUGCUUGGAGGAGGAUGGACUCUGCUCUGCUGCUGCUCUCCUUCUGGGCCCUCACCGCCACUGUGGCCCCGCAGCCUCCAGAGUCGUGCCCAGAGAGACUAGUGGGAGAAGAGAGGAAGAGGACGUGUCCCCGACCUUGUAAAGUGGACAAAGACUGUGGCAGCAAGCGUCAAUGUUUGUGUGACGGCCAGUGUGGUCUCAGCUGUGUGGCUCCAGGUCGUACCUGUCCGUGGCCUUUGACCCCCAGCGCGGACUGGGAGGCCCGCCUCCUGUCGCCCACCCACUCCUUCUCUGCCCUGCUGGAGGUGCGCUGCAAGUCAGGAUUGUCUCUGCCCAGCGGUCUGGAUGCCACCAUUCGCCGUUGCCAAGGCGACCGCCAGUGGAGCGGGGAGGAGCCUAUCUGCACAGAGGCCGCGCCUCCCACCGCCGCCCUGACCUGCCCGCUUCCGGAGGACGCCGGCGGCAACUUCCUCAUCGAAGGCGACGGCGCCGUGGGCACAGCAAUCCGCUACAGCUGCCUGCCAGGGGCCCGCUUGGUCGGGAGCUCAGAAAACUACUGCCAGGAUGACGGACGAUGGCAAUACCCGCACCCCGCCUGUCGAAAGUUGUACUGUGCACCGCCCAGAGAGGUGGUGCAGGGCUACGUGGUGGCGGUCCAGAAGACGGAGUACGAGGUGGGCUUUGACAUCCAUUACCUCUGCAAGAAGAACUUCUGGCUGGACGGAGCCCAGAAGGUCACCUGCUUGUCCAACGGCAGCUGGAGUGCAGCGCCACCUUCCUGCAGGGCUCGCUGCCUGAUACCCGCCCAGAGGAGCCGCGUGAUGAUUGACGGCGUGAAGCGUUGGCCCUUUGACGUGACGGACACCAUGGUCGCUCACGGACACAACGUCACCUUCUACUGCAAACACCCUCAGCACCAGUGCAGCUUCACCACCACCACCACCUGCCAUGAUGGCCACCUGCCUCCACCCGCCUGCUACCUUGAGCCCACGUGGCUGCAGUACAAACUCUUCCCUCACCGCCUGGUCUCUGAGAUCCUAGCCUGCCACACCAACCUUACCUUCAUCACCUCACUCUGACCUCAUGCCCACCCCCAGGAGACACCUCAUUAGGUACACCUGCUGCUUGUUGUCCUUUGCAACCCAAAUUGGCCAUGUUAAUGUUAGCAUGCUAACUGCAAAGUUAGCAUUCUUCUAAAAAUGGCGUCAAGUGUUGAAAGCCAUCAUGUUUAUGUUUGAAUGAAUGGAAUUAGCAAAAAUGCUAGCAUCAAUUAUUGCAGUGCUAAUGUUAGCAUUAUAACGUAGGAAAAGUUAGCAUUCUUCUAAAAAUGGCGUCAAGUAUCAAAAGCCAUAGUUUUUUGUUUGAAUGAAGGGAAUUAGCAAAAAUGCUAACGGGAGCAUUUUAACAUAGGAAAAGUUAGCGUUCUAAAAAUGUCGUCAAGUAUUAAAAGCCAUCAUUUUUAUGUUGGAAUGAAUGAAAUGAGCAAAAAUGCUAGCAUAAAUUGUUACUGUGCUAACGUUAGCAUUAUAACUGAGGAAAAGUUAGCAUUCUUCUAAAAAUGGCGUCAAGUAUUAAAAGCCAUCAUUUGUUUUGUUUGAAUGAAGGGAAUUAGCAAAAAUACUAGCAUAGAUUAUUGCCGUGCUAGCGUUAGCAUAAUAACAGGAAAAGUUAGCAUUCUUCUAAAAAUUGAAUCAAGUAUUAAAAGCCAUCAUUUUUAUGUUGGAAUGAAUGAAAUAAGCAAAACUGCUAGCAUAAAUUAUUGCCGUGCUAACGGCAGCAUUAUAACGCAGAAAAAGUUAGCAUUCUUUUAAAAAUGGCUUCAAGUAUUAAAAGCCAUCAUUUUUUUGUUUGAAUGAAGGGAAUUAGCAAAAAUGCUACCAUAAAUUAUUGCCGUGCUAGCGUUAGCAUUAUAGCAUAGGAAAAGUUAGCAUUCUUCUAAAAAUGGCGUCAAGUAUUGAAAUUAAUAAUUUUUAUGUUGGAAUGAAUGAAAUGAGCAAAAAUGCUAGCAUAAAUCGUUACUGUGCUAAUGUUAGCAUUAUAAUUGAGGAAAAGUUAGCAUUCUUCUAAAAAUGGCGUCAAGUAUUAAAAGCCAUCAUUUGUUUUGUUUGAAUGUAGGGAAUUAGCAAAAAUGCUCGCAUAAAUUAUUGCCAUGCUAACAUUAGCAUUAUAAUUGAGGAAAAGUUAGCAUUCUUCUAAAAAUGGCGUCAAGUAUUAAAAGUCAUAAUUUUUAUGUUGGAAUGAAGGGAAUUAGCAAAAAUGCUAGCAUCAAUUAUUGCCAUGCUAACAUUAGCAUUAUAAUGCAGGAAAAGUUAGCAUUCUUCUGAAAAUGGCGUCAAGUAUUGAAAUUCAUAAUUUUUAUGUUGGAAUGAAUGAAAUAAGCAAAAAUGCUAGCAUCAAUUAUUACCGUGCUAACAUUAACAUUAUAACGCAGGAAAAGUUAGCAUUCAUCUAAAAAUGGCGUCAAGUAUUAAAAGCCAUAGUUUUUUGGUUUGAAUGGAGGGAAUUAGCAAAAAUGCUAAGAUAAAUUAUUACUGUGCUAACAUUAGCAUUAUAACGCAGGAAAAGUUAGCAUUCUUCUGAAAAUGGCGUCAAGUAUUAAAAGCCAUAGUUUUUUGGUUUGAAUGAAGGGAAUUAGCAAAAAUGCUAACAUAAAUUAUUACUGUGCUAACGUUAGCAUUAUAACGCUGGAAAAGUUAGCCUUUUUCAAAAAAUGGCGUCAAGUAUUAACAGCCAUCAUUUUUGUUUAAAUGAAUAAAAUUAGCAAAAAUGCUAGUAUACAUUUUUACCGUGCUAAUGUUAGCAUUUAUAACGUGGGAAAAGUUAGCGUUUUUGUAAAAAUGGCGUCAAGUAUUAAAAGCCAUAGUUUUUUGGUUUGAAUGAAGGGAAUUAGCAAACAUGCUAACAUAAGUUAUUACCGUGCUUACAUGACCAUGCAAACAUAGGAAAAGUUAGCGUACCUUCAAGAUGGCGUCAAGUAUUAAAAGCUAUGAUGUUUAGGCUUAAAUUAAUACAAUUUGCUAGAAUCUUCGCAGAAAACAUUCGCCUGCAAACAUUAGCAUGCUAACAUGAAAAUAAGUUGGCGUCAAGUAUCAAAAGACAUUAUUUUUAGGUUUGAAAUAAUACAAUUAGCAAAAAUCCCAACAUAAAACAUUAGCAUGCUAACAUAGGAACAUUUAACAUAAGUCUAAGAUGGCGUCAAGUAUUAAAAGCUUUUAGGUUUGAAUAAGUAAAAUAAGCAAACAUUUUUAGCAUCAAACAUUAGCAUACUAACAUCAGCAUGCAAACAUAGGAACACUUAGCAUACGUCUAAGAUGGCGUCAAGUACGGAAAGCCAUGGCUUUUAGGUUUGAAUGAGUAAAAUAAGCAAAAAUUUUAAAAGUUAAAGUUAAAGUUAAAGUACCAAUGAUUGUCACACACACACACUAGGUGUGGCGAGAUUAUUCUCUGCAUUUGACCCAUCACCCUUGAUCACCCCCUGGGAGGUGAGGGGAGCAGUGGGCAGCAGCGGUGGCCGCGCCCGGGAAUCAUUUUUGGUGAUUUAACCCCCAAUUCCAACCCUUGAUGCUGAGUGCCAAGCAGGGAGGUAAUGCAUAAAACAUUAGCAUGCUAACAUUAGCUGACCUUAGUUGACAGACAUGCAGAUCAUGUUUAUGGUGAUGUUUAGACAAGUUGUCGACAUAAUGGGGUUCUACGGCAUUUAAUUGGCUAUGUCACCUUGAAACACAAAGCUGAGAUGCUAUGUUCAGCUAGCUUAGCGUAGCUUGAGCUACGUUGCAUUACUUUUAGCAUCUUUCAUGUGCAAAAUGUUUUAAAGUGUCCUUUAAUAUUUUGUAUUAUUUCUAUAUUUCCUCUUCUUCACGUUUUAUAUUGAUUUGAAAUAAACUUUUGUCAACA